UUCCCUUCACCACAGACAGUCCCUGGGGAACAGUAGUGAUGGACCUCAAGGAGUUUUGCCUGAGUGAGAACUUCCAGUUUCUAAACCAGCACAAUCUUUUGGAUGCGUCCUCCUCUGAUGACCCUCCGUCCCCGACCGAUGCGCCGCUCAAAGCCGCCCCGCUGAGCCCCUCGCUCGGCCUGGACAGCAGCGCGACCCCCUUCAGCCCCGGCAGCGUGUCGGACAGCAGCGGCUACAGCGUUUUCUCCGGGAACCCGUCUCUGAACCCCGACUCCCCCGUCAGCUCCAGCUCCAUCUCCAGCAGCAGCGCUGCGGCUCUCUUCCAGCCCGUCGGUCACACAGAGUCCCUAAUCAGCUGCGACUACAUCGCGUCCCUGAACCCCGGACCCAAGCGCCUGUGCCUGGUGUGCGGAGACUUCGCGUCCGGCUAUCACUACGGCGUCGCGUCGUGUGAGGCGUGCAAGGCCUUCUUCAAAAGAACCAUUCAAGGAAACAUCGAGUACAGCUGUCCGGUGGUGAACGACUGUGAGAUCACUAAGAGACGGAGGAAAUCAUGCCAAGCAUGUCGUUUCCAGAAGUGCCUGCGUGCCGGCAUGAUGAGAGAGGGUGUGCGUAUGGACCGCGUGAGAGGAGGCCGACAGAAGUACAAGCGCAGAGUGGAUUCAGCGCUCUCUCUCUUCACCAAAACACCUUACGCUCAUCCCAGCAAACCGAUCCGAAACAAAGUGAUCUCUCAGCUCCUCGUAUCUGAACCGGCUCCUCUGAGAGCCGCCCCUGAGCCCGCGACCCCUGACAGUGACCUUAAAACGCUGCUGACCUUAUGUGACCUUUUAAACAGGGAGCUGCUGGUUAUGAUCGGCUGGGCCAAACACAUACCAGGUUUCACCGGCCUCUCGCUGGUGGAUCAGAUGGCGCUGCUCCAGAGCGGCUGGAUGGAGACGCUGGUGCUGAACGUGGUUUGGCGAUCUCAGGGUUCGGCGGACGAGCUUCAGUUUGCGGAGAACCUGCGACUGAGCGAGAGCCAGUGUCGAGCCGCAGGACUGCAUGAUCUGUACACGGCUCUGAGACACCUGUCCUCCAAAUACCAGCAGAUGGGCCUCAACCAGGAGGAGGUGCUCACUCUCAAAGCCAUGGCUCUGGCCAACUCAGACGCAGAGAACGUGGAGGGCGCCGAGGCCGUGCAGCGCUUCCAGGACGGGCUCCACGAGGCCCUGCAGGACUACGAGAGCAGCCAGCGGCCGUCCGAACCUCACCGUGCGGGACGCCUGCUCAUGACGCUCCCGCUGCUGCGGCAGACGGCGCUCAGAGCCGUGCGCUGCUUCAGCCGGCUGCACACGGACGGACGCGUGCCCAUGCACAAACUCUUCCUGGAGAUGCUGGACGCCAAGAUCUAGAGCAGGACAGAGGUGUUUUAACCCCUUGAGUGUCACCCCCAUUUUUGAACAUAGACGUGAAAGUGCACUAUCCAAACGCUUUGGAAUACAGACCUAAGGUUGAAGACAAUCUGCAGAUUAUUGCAAAAGUGGAAUCAUUUCAAAAAGUUAUAGAUGUUUAAAUUACUGUAAAGAGAAUGCACUGUACCACAUUUUAUUUUAUUUUAUAUAGAAUAAAUAUUUUACAAAAUAUUUUUGAAUCCAAAAUUGAUACAAAAUUAAAGCCUUAUGUCUAAAUAAGGUAUGUUCCAAAUUUGAAGUUGAUAUAAAAAAACCGAGGUUCCUGUGAGAAGUUAUUUAGGGUGUUAUACCACAAACAGCCACCAGGUGCCAUCCAAACUUUUUUUUAUGCAUUUUUCUGUCACAAAUGUCUACAUUUCUCUGCUAUUACUUUAUAAUUACUAUUAAAAACUAAUUAAUACUAUUAACUAAUAGUAUUAGCUAAUUAUUAACUAAAUAAUUAGCUAAUAACUAAUUAAUACUAUUAAUUAAUCUGCUAUUACUAUUCUUUUACUUCUAUCACAAAAUAGCCACCAAAUAUGGAAUCUAGAGACACAGACCUUUCGGACGAUAUGUAUUUUGUCAAGUUUAUAAAAAGUUUUGAUUCUAAAAGAGCAUAAUAUGUUUUGUAAUAUGACACUUGACCCCGCCCACUUAGGGGGAGGAGUCCACUAAAAUAUAUUAAAGUACAAUUUCCAUGGAAAAGCAAUGUCCAUUUUGAAAAUGGUUUUCACAGGAUGAAUUUUGAGAUUACUUAAGUAUGCGAUAAGAGAAAAAAGACAACAAAAAAAAGAGCGCCAAGCGGCCUACAGGUGGGCCGGUGCCACUUCAGGGGUUUUAAGAGAGCAGCUCAAGCUCCACAUGGAGAUCAGGGUAAUCACGUCACGCAGCUAAACCAGUCUGGCAGCUAAACUGCACUUGAUGACGAGAGGUUCAUAUCGCUCUCCGUCUCACUCAAGCACAAUCUUUUACUGUGUAUUUGAUUUAUAUGGAGAUUACCAUUUGAUAUGGUGUCAGCAAUAGUUUAGAAGCAAUUUUUUAGUUUUACAUGAUAUAUCAAUGUUUUUCAUUUUUUAUUCUGUAGAGGUUUGUCAGUCUAGAUUUGGGAAUCCGGUUACUAUUGAAGACACAGAACAGUUCCAGCAAUCAGCAUCAUAGACAGCAACACACAUAGUCUGCAGUACAUUGUCAAGCUACUGAGCAAUAUGCCUUUCUAUUUAUUGUCUAAUUUAUUACAAA